AUGUCACAACUAACGCAACCGUUGCAGUUUCUGCGCGAAUACAAGCUGGUGGUGGUGGGAGGUGGUGGAGUGGGCAAAUCGUGCUUGACUAUCCAACUGAUCCAAAGCCACUUUGUCGACGAAUACGAUCCCACAAUUGAAGGUUCGCAUGAAUCACGAAAGUCAUCAAACUCUGGAAACUCAUAUCGCAAGCAAUGCAUGAUAGAUGAUGAAGUUGCCCUCCUCGAUGUUCUGGACACGGCUGGUCAAGAAGAAUACUCGGCCAUGAGAGAACAAUAUAUGAGGACUGGCGAAGGGUUUUUACUUGUCUACUCGAUAACCUCGCGACAGUCGUUCGAAGAAAUCAUGACUUUCCAGCAACAGAUUCUCCGAGUCAAGGACAAAGAUUACUUCCCCAUCAUUCUCGUGGGCAACAAGUGUGAUCUUGAGUCGGAAAGAGUGGUUUCGAAAGAGGAGGGAGCUCAGUUGGCGAGACAGUUUGGCUGCAAAUUCAUCGAAACGUCUGCAAAAUCCCGAAUAAACGUUGACAAUGCCUUCUACGACCUCGUUCGAGAAAUUCGAAGAUAUAACCGAGAGAUGUCAGGGUAUCCCGGUGGCGCGCCUGGUCUUGGAUCCCUAGGCCCUGGUCAAAAGAUGGAGAUGGAUAACCACGCAGACAGCGCAGGCUGCUGCAGCCGGUGUGUGGUCAUGUAG